AAGCGUUGAAAAUAUUUAUGAAUCACUGAAUACAUUUCUCGGCGGCGGCAGCAAAGGCAUGCGAAAGAUGCAAUCCUGGAGAACUAAGGCAGCCGGCAGGAGUUUUCCACUUGGCUUCACAUUAUUGAGUUUUCUUAUGGUUUUCCUUGGAUCUUGCCACGGGGAGCGGACAAAUGUGGGACUUAUUCACGAGAACACUGAACCGGAUAUUGAGAAGAUUUUCCACCUGGCCAUCAGCAAGGCAAAUGAGGAAAACGAAGAGCUGCAGUUGCAUGGAGUGUCCGUUGCCAUUGAGCCGGGAAACUCGUUUGAAACUUCCAAGAAGCUCUGCAAGAUGCUGCGGCAAAAUCUGGUGGCCGUGUUUGGGCCCACCACCAAUUUGGCUGCCCGUCACGCGAUGAGUAUUUGCGACGCCAAGGAACUGCCCUUCCUGGACACGCGCUGGGACUUUGGGGCCCAAUUGCCGACCAUCAAUCUGCACCCACAUCCGGCCGUGUUGGCAGAGGCCCUCCGGGACAUGGUGGCGGCAUUGGGCUGGGAGAGCUUCACGGUUAUCUACGAGUCGGGGGAGUACCUGCCCACAGUGCGGGAACUGCUCCAGAUGUACGGCACGGCGGGACCCACUGUCACGGUGCGGCGUUAUGAGCUGGAUCUCAACGGGAACUAUCGCAACGUGCUAAGGCGGAUCCGCAAUGCGGAGGACUUCUCCUUCGUGGUGGUGGGAUCCAUGGCCACGCUGCCCGAGUUCUUUAAACAGGCCCAGCAGGUGGGUCUGGUGACCAGCGACUAUCGCUACAUCAUAGGGAACCUGGACUGGCACACCAUGGACCUGGAGCCCUACCAGCAUGCCGGCUCCAAUAUCACCGGUCUGCGUCUGGUCUCCCCCGACAGCGAGCAGGUGCAGGAGGUGGCCAAGGCCCUCUACGAGAGCGAGGAACCUUUCCAGAACGUGUCCUGCCCCCUGACCAACAGCAUGGCCUUGGUCUACGAUGGCGUUCAGCUCCUGGCCGAGACCUACAAGCAUGUGAACUUCCGGCCAGUGUCCCUCAGCUGUGGCGAUGACAGUGCCUGGGAUAAGGGCUACACUCUUGUCAACUACAUGAAGUCGCUAACGCUGAAUGGCCUCACGGGUCCCAUUCGCUUCGACUAUGAGGGCCUGCGCACGGAUUUCGAGCUGGAGGUCAUCGAGUUGGCGGUGUCGGGGAUGCAAAAGAUUGGCCAGUGGAGUGCCGAGGAUGGUUUCCAGCAGGACCGGCCGGCCCCGGCGCACUCUUUGGAGCCGGAUAUGCGUUCGCUGGUGAACAAGAGCUUUGUCGUCAUCACGGCCAUUAGCGAACCCUAUGGCAUGCUGAAGGAGACCUCCGAGAAGCUGGAGGGCAACGAUCAGUUCGAGGGCUUUGGCAUCGAGCUCAUCGACGAGCUGUCCAAGAAACUGGGCUUUAGUUACACCUUUCGCCUUCAGGUGGACAACAAAUAUGGUGGAAUCGACGCAAAGACGGGCGAAUGGAAUGGCAUGUUGCGCGAGAUAAUGGAUAAUCGCGCUGACAUGGGAAUAACUGACCUGACCAUGACAUCAGAGCGGGAGAGUGGCGUCGACUUUACAAUACCCUUCAUGAGUCUGGGAAUUGCCAUUCUGUUCCGUAAACCGAUGAAAGAGCCUCCCAAGUUAUUCUCCUUCAUGUCCCCCUUCUCCGGGGAAGUCUGGCUCUGGUUGGGCCUGGCCUACAUGGGCGUCUCUAUUAGCAUGUUCGUGCUGGGCAGGCUCUCGCCAGCGGAGUGGGAUAAUCCCUAUCCCUGCAUCGAGGAGCCCACGGAGCUGGAGAAUCAGUUUAGCUUUGCCAACUGUCUGUGGUUCUCUGUAGGAGCUUUGCUCCAGCAGGGAUCCGAGCUGGCCCCCAAGGCCUACUCAACGCGGGCAGUGGCCGCAUCCUGGUGGUUCUUUACUCUAAUCCUUGUCUCCUCAUACACGGCCAAUCUGGCGGCCUUUCUCACUGUGGAGACCUUGACCACUCCCAUCAACAAUGCCGAUGACCUGUCGAAGAAUAAGGGAGGUGUAAACUAUGGGGCCAAGAUUGGCGGCAGCACCUUUACCUUCUUCAAGGAAUCCAACUAUCCCACCUACCAGCGAAUGUACGAAUUCAUGCGGGACAAUCCUCAGUUCAUGACCAGCUCAAAUCAGGACGGCGUGGACCGUGUGGAGAACACCAACUAUGCCUUUCUAAUGGAGUCCACCACCAUUGAGUACAUCACUGAGCGGCGCUGCACGCUCACCCAAGUGGGACCGCUGCUGGAUGAGAAGGGCUACGGCAUAGCCAUGCGGAAGAACUGGCCGUACAGGGACACGCUGAGCCAGGCCAUUCUCGAGAUGCAGGAGCAGGGAUUGCUGACCAAGAUGAAGACCAAGUGGUGGCAGGAGAAGCGCGGCGGUGGAGCCUGUUCGGACGCGGCCGAGGACUCUGGCGCCGUGGCAUUGGAGAUUAGCAACCUGGGCGGCGUCUUCCUGGUGAUGGGCGUGGGCUCCUUCUUCGGCAUCUUUGUCUCCCUGCUCGAAAUGGUGCUGGGCGUGAAGGAGCGCAGCGAUGAGAACAAGGUGAACUUUAAAACCGAGCUCCUUGACGAGCUGCGCUUUAUUAUCCAAUGUUCUGGCAACACCAAGGCGGUCAAGUAUCCCAAGAAUUCAUCACGAUCCAAUGCCAGCUCCAAGUCGAAAGGAUCUUCCCUGUCCGUGGACUCACUGCCCGACGAUGUUUCGGAAGUCGAGCCAACUGGCAAGCACAACCAAUCUAAGAAAUGAUUGCUUAAAUUGAACAUUAACAUAUUCUCU